AUGUCAAGAUGGCUACAGGAUGCUACAGGAUACUGCAGUAGCAUUGCCAUCAAGAUGGUCACUCUCAAUUGCCAUCAAGUGCCGCUGGUGAUGGUUCAGGCAAAGAAGUCCAUAGGAACAGAAGCCGAAGGAGCUCGUUUGCUUCAAGAAGCGGAGGAGGAGCAGCAAAACGAGUCAUUUUUCUUGGAAAACACGAGGAUUCCAGAACAAGCGGUGGUGUCUAUGGCGGAUGAGAAGGUCGAGGCUGCCGAGACCCGGGCGGAGCUGCGCCAGGCGGAGCAGAAGGAGAAGGCCUUGCGCGCUGCGGAGCUGCGUGCGGCCAACUGGUUUUAUUUCGCCGAGGCCACGGCCUGGGCCGAAGGCGAAAGCGCGGAAGCCUCUGCAGUUGUGGCGAGCAGACAGGAGGAAGCCCGCGUCGUGCAGCAACAAGAAAACUCGCUGAAUGCAGCAACCGCUGAAGUUGCAGCUUUCAAAGCCGAAGCGGGGUCGAUGCGGAAGGAGGCACUGGGUUUGCGUGGAGACCUUGGGAAGGAAGAGGUUGCUUUCCAACAGAUGCGCGUGGCAGUAGAAAGAGCUCGUGCUGCGGAAUCAGCUACUUUGAGGUCGGCGCUUACAGAGGUUCGUGCCGAG